GGACUGCGAUUGGAUUAGAGAAAGCUGGGACUGGUGGGAGCUGGGAGAAGAAAAGGCUGCUUUUGUGCCGCUAUGGUAACUGGAGGUUUUCCAGUUUGAGGCCUGAAGGGGGGACCUGCUGCUGCUGCUGCUACUGAAUGAGGUUUAGUUCUUCUUAUUGAAAAAUAUCCUGUUAUAUUGAGAUGGCAUUUGCACCUCCCAAAAACCUAGAUGGCCCCAAAAUGCAAACAAAAAUGAGUACCUGGACACCCCUAAACCAUCAACUUUUGAACGAAAAGGUAUUUGAAGAAAGAAGAAUUCUUCUUGGAAAAUGGUUUGACAAAUGGACAGAUGCUCAGAGGAGAAGAAUCUUGACAGGCUUGUUUGAGCAGUGCUCUCUGUCACAGCAAAAAUUCUGUAGUCGGCAACUUCAGGAAAGAAUUCCAGCAGAAGCAGUGGAUUUCACGACCAAGCUCCCCAGGGUGUUGUCUUUGUACAUCUUUUCUUUCCUGGACCCACGCAGUCUCUGUCGAUGUGCACAGGUGAGCUGGUACUGGAAGAACCUGGCUGAACUGGAUCAGCUGUGGAUGCUUAAGUGUUUGCGGUUUAAUUGGUGCAUCGAUUUCUCUCCAACUCCAUUUGAGCAAGGGGUGUGGAAGAAGCACUAUAUUGAAAUGGUGAAACGAUUUCACAUUACUAAGCCCAAGACUCCACCAAAAAAUGAUUUUAUAGUUCCUGAUAUUCGUACAACAUCAGGUGAUCCUUCAGAAGUGAAGCAAUCCCCUUCGUCUGCCCUUCACUCCUCGUGCUCAUUUAGAAAGAAGACUAACCGAGGGGAAAGGGACCUUCCACCAUGGCGUUCUUCUGAUAAGCAUCCCACUGACAUCAUUCGCUUCAAUUACUUAGACAACUGUGACCCCAUUGAACAGGCCUGGCAGGUAAAGAAGAAAGGAAAUGAAUUGGCGUCAGAUUUCAGCCGACAAUCACAUAGCAAGAAAAAUAAAUUUCAGGACAGAGCCAAGCUGAGGAAAGCACAAUCACUGAAAAGAGAAAAAACGAAUUUCUUCCAAGAACCACCAAGAACACAAAGGAAUCUUUCCAUCUGUCCUUCUUGCCUCAGUCUGAUGUGAAAAACAAAACACUUAAAAUGUGUGGAGCGUAUUUAGUCAUAUUUUUUCCAGCCAGUCAUUCUCUCUGGCUCUGGCUCUACCUGGAUACUCUCUCUUUCCCAGAACAAACCUAGAUUUGCUAGCAUUUAGAAAAUAACAUCAGCAGCAUCAACAAACUUUUAUUAAGUCCUGUUCCUUUCCAGCUUGGUACAACCUGCCAGAGCUUCUGUUCCCUGGAUAGUCUUAAGGGACCCAAGGUCAGCUCUGGAGCUUUCAGUAAGAUCUGCCAUAAAGGUUGGCUUUAGAAUCUGCACAAUAAAAAAUCACAUGGACAAAGACUGCAUAUGGGCCAGACUUUGACAUGCCUGUGACUUAGGUAUUACAGACAGAGGAUAAGCAAAGCCUGGAAUGGGAUAGAAGGAAAGGAGGCUGGAGCACAUUUGGGUAACUGUGCAACGCUCUCGACAAUCCCAAGAUGUCUUCUGCCACCAAAGUCCGUCUUUAACAUCUUCUCCUGGAGAUUGUCUAGUUGCAAAUCCCAGAGCACUGGGAUCUAAAAAGAAUAUUUCAGGUGACCCAAAGAGGUGUGGAAAGAUUCAAGAAGUGACAUGAAAAACAACGGUAAAGACUUGGAUGACCAGAGAAGGAAGUGAAUCGAUCCUACCAUGUGACUAUGGGCAAUUCACAAUUCAUUAGGCCUCACCUAUAAAAUGGAGAUAAUAAUGUCUGAGUUACCUAGUUCACAGAGUGGCUUUGAAGUAAUAUACAUGAUACACAUUGCAAACCUUAGUCUGGGAUUAUUGUUGUUGUUUUUAUGUAUCAAGAAUGAAGAAUAACAGUACUUAUCUCAGAGGAAGACCUCUGCCACAUUGAAUAAAUCUUCAAUGGAGAAUUUUUGAAAGGAUGUAGACAAGAGUUGCAUAAGAUAGGAUGGCAUUGAUGGGUUGUUAUCUGCACCAGUGGGAGGAAUUACUCCUAUCACUGAGAUCUUGUACUUGUAGAUAUAUCAAGAAAUAAACUUCCACGAACUGGUAUGAUUUAUUAAUAUUGCAUGAAUCCCCACGAAUGUGCUUGCAUCUUUGGGGAGGAUUUUUGUCGGCGACAGAGGUUCUCUUCUUAAAUCAGUCAUAAUGCAAGGGCUGCUUUAGGAGUGAACUAUUUUAAUUUAAUUAUUGUUUGGUUUUUUUUCUCAAUCACAUGUAAACUUUUCUCUUAAUGAUCAUUUUGUUUUAAACUCCUACCUUCUGUCUUAGAAUCAAUACUAUGUGUUGGUUCUAAAACAGAGGAGUGGUAAGGGUUAGACAAUGGAGGUUAAGUAACUUGCCCAGGGUCACACAGAGGAAGUGUCUGAAGCCACAUUUUAAACCCAGGACCGCCUCUGUCUAGGCCUGGCACUCAAUUCACCAAGCCACCCAUCUGUCCCCUUAACAUUCAUUUAAAAAAAUUUUAAGUUCCAAAUUCUCUCUCUCCCUCCUUUUCUCUCUCCUCCCUAAGAAGGCAGGUAAUUUGAUAUAGAUUAUGCAUGUGCAGCCCUAUUUGUCAUGUUGCAAAAGAAAACAUAGUCCAAAAAAACAAGAAUAAUAAAGAAAAUUCUAAAAGUAUGCUUCAAUCUGCAUUCAUAUGCUAUCAGUUCUUUCUCUGGAGAUGGAUCACAUUUUUCAUCAUAAGUCCUUCAGAGUUGUUUUGGACUACUAAAUGAGAGGUCAGCUGCAGGGAAGAUGAAAAGGCCCAGAAAUCCUAAGGAUGGAGCAUUUAUGGUGUAUCCUGAGGUCAGAAGACCUAGGAGCCUGAAGGGCAUAGCAAUAUGGUAGAUGGUAAGGCCCAGAGGAAAUUGGGAUAGAGUGGAAGGGCAGCUGCUAAAGGCUUGAUGGUCCUCUAUCUUGCUGCAAAGAUUAUAGCUGAUGACUCUUUGUUACCCUAAGGGGUGUAAGGUGAGAAAGCUAGGAGGAACCUGGUCCAUCUCCUACUACUGGGGAAGAGGGAGAGGGCUGGCCGGUCUGAGUGGAAAGGAAAUUCUAGUCAUUCUUGAAUGACCAUAGAUGGAAUGGAGAAAGUUUGUAUCCAGUCUUAAGAAAGGAGGCCUUGGCAGGAAGGCUGGAGGGAAGGGGACUCACAGGAGGCUGUUUUCACCCAGGGCUCCAUGGGCAUGAGUAAGGGAAAAGAGCCUCACAACUGACAGCUAUUCCCACUCAAUGGAUGGAUAGGGUCUCAGCAGUCUGGGCCCAAGGAGGGAAGAAAAGGGAAAGGAUACACCUUCCUUCUCACUCCAUGGUUGUCAUCUGCUGUUCCCACCCAACUGCCCCAGGGGGAGAGGGAACUGAUCCUUUCACAGUAUGAUCUUGAGGCCAUCCUGAUCCUCCAAGGGCUAUUGGAAAGAUGUAAGGCAAAUACGGGCAGAAACACUCUGUAAACUGGAAAUGGCUAUACCAAUAUUAUUAUUUUCUCAAGGUAAAAGAUAAAUAAAUAUAGGAAGGAAAGACUCUGGAGAGUUUUUCCAGCUCCAUAUUGUUUUACUCUUUGAUAUGAUCUAAACAAAUAUUUCUUUAAACAUUGUUAUUCUUUCCGAAAUUAAAAUAUAAGCUUUAUUUAUGAUUUCCCUCUCCUUCCGCCCCAGCAGGUAUCCUUAGGGGCAGACUUCAGCUGUCCUCUGAAAGGACCAACUCACCUCAACUGGGCUUCUCAUGAGUCACUCAGAUGUACAAAAGGCAAAACUCAAAUGGUCACACAUGACUUUCAGGAGCAACGUAGAAUCCUACCUUCGCCCAUCUAGGCUCCAGACCUGAAAGGGAGUUGGAGCAUGAAAGUGCUUUUAUUGGCAUCCCAAGAAGAUCCGAUUACAUUUAAUGAGUAGCUGGGCCUUUUACCCACUUGCUGUGCUGGAGAUCUUUGCAGCUGAAGCAUCAUGUUUCCCCCAAACAAUAUACAGAGUGUCUUGAGCUCUGAUUUGGAAUCAGAGGAUCUGGGUUCGGCUUACUAUCUUUGCCAAAUAUUAGCCAUGGGGCCUUGGGCGAGUCACUUCUUUCUAGUCCUCACUUUUCUCAUCCAUUAAAUAAAGGGGUUGGACCUCUAAGGUCCCUUCCAUCUCCGACCCUCUUUGGCAUAUGCAAUUUGCACAUGGCUAAGACAUUUACAGACACUAAGAGAGAAGGGAUCACUCACACUUUUGGGUGUGAAGACAACUAAUUAAGGUUAGUAUCUAUCAACAGUCAUAGGCAGACUAAGCAAUAUUGGGUGAUGUUGUGAGAUCUGGGUCUACCGCGUUUCCAGGGAUCUUGGCUGUGAUUAUGAGGAAGGAUAAGAAUUAUGGACAUUUAUAGCACGUUUUUUUAAAAUAUGCAGAAUGCUCUACUUACAUCAUCUCAUUUGAGCCUCAUCACAACUCUAUGAAGUAUAACAGGUAUUAUUAAUUCUAUUUUUUUAAUCCCUUGAUUUCUGUCUUAACAACAACUCUAAAACAGAAGGGCAAGGCCUAGGCAAACAGAGUUAAGUGACUUGCCCAGGGUCACAUUGCCAGGAAAUAUCUGAGGCCAAACUGGAACCCAGGUCCUCCUGACUCCAAGCCUGGCACUCUAUCCUCGGUGCCCCCUAGCUGUCUCUAUUUUUUAGACUAGGAGACAGUCACAGAGGAGUUGAGUGACUUGGACAAGAUCAUAGGACUAGGAAAUGACAGAGGGGGAUUUGAACCCAAGUCUUCCUGAUUCCAAGACUUAGUACAGAUACAUAAAGGAAGGGUGAACCAGAACUCUUCCCAAGCCCAAAUGUUAGUCAUUCAGCAGAAUUUCCAACUAGUAAUUCAGAGGAGGGAACACGGAUAAGAAUUCCCAGCUAGAGAAUCCACAGCCAUAAGCAAUUAAGUAAGCAAUGGGUUCAGGAACACAGAAACUUGGUGAGGCUUGGAGGAGGAGGAGCUGUAGCCAGAAGGAUACUUUCAAUGGCCACUGAGCACUAUGGACAGCCAGCUUUUCAAGUUUCUCCAUUUAGACAGCAGUCAUCUUCCAGCAAGUCUCAAAUGAGCACUGACAUGUUUGCAUUCACCGUAGUCUAGAUUUUUAAAACAGACAAUCAGAAUCAAGGAACUGAAGUCACUGUUCCAAGAACACAAGAAUACUUUAAGAAAGCCCUAGAAGAGCCAUGACAUUGGGGACAUGAAUUCAAUAUUGAGCCAUCUUUAACAUUAUGUAAACACAUGUAACUCUGAUACCUGACAAAUAUAGCUCAUAACUGGACUCUCAUUUACCUGAAAGGGGUAAAGAAGUAAAAUGGAAACAAAUGUAGGUAUGUAUCUGUCUUUUAUAUCUUAUUCUCAAAAUGCAUACGGGUGGAUGGUGAAUUGUUUUUGUAUUUGCUUCUAAGAAUUAUAUGUUGUAAAAUUCUAACAUGAUUUUCAUGACAAAUAAAUAUAUCCAUUACAAAA